GUUGUUUAUAAUUUAUUGUUGAAAACGAAAGUACAUGAGCCAUUUUAGUUUGUAUAUGAGCGUAGACAUAAGUAUGGAUUAUAGUAGCUCAAUGUACUGCAUGUUUUCACUAAAAAUGGUUCAUACAAUAACGCUUGUCAUAAAAUUAUUGAUAUGAAGGGAAAAAUAAAUAAUGAAAAAGAAAUCAAAACAAAUAGUUAUAAUAAUAUUAAAAUUUUAAUUUUUAAAAGACAAUAUCAUAUUUGGAGACUAAUAUGGCAAACACAAUAUCCAUAAUGUCCAAUGCGUUACGAAAUGUUGUGAGCAAGAAACGCAUACGAUACAAGGAAAAGGGAUUUAAUUUGGACCUUUCAUAUAUUUGCCCUAAAAUAACUGCGAUGGGAUAUCCUGCUCCGGACAUUAUUGAAGGCAUUUACAGAAAUCGCCUAGAGGAUGUUUAUAAAUUUAUGGAAGAAAAUCAUGGAGGGCAUUACAGAAUAUACAACCUGUGCCAAGAACGGAGUUAUGACAUUAACAAAUUUCACGGGAAUGUUGCAACAUACCCGUUCGAGGAUCACAAUCCUCCUCCGAUUGUAUUGAUGCAACGUUUUUGCCAAGACGUUGAAUCCUGGCUUAAUAGAGAUCCAUUAAAUGUUGUAGCUGUGCAUUGUAAAGCUGGAAAAGGAAGAACCGGUAAGAAAUAAUAAAUUAUAG